AUCCUCCACCACACCAUACAAUUCCCCAAUUAUCAAAAACCUCUCUCCUUGCCAAAAAAACAAAAGGAAAAACUCUAAAAACCAAAAAAAAAAAACAAAAGCCGAAGCGCAGACCCCAUAGACAAAGAAAGAGAAAGAGAGCGAGACAGACAGACUCUUCUCCCCCCGGGAUUAUUCCUCCGUCGCCCCUUCCUUCUCUCGCCUGAAUUUUCCUUCUCUCUUCCCGCACAGCAAUGGCCGAUCAGCUCACCGACGACCAGAUCUCCGAGUUCAAGGAGGCCUUCAGCCUAUUCGACAAGGACGGCGAUGGGUUGCAUCACCACCAAGGAGCUUGGAACAGUGAUGCGUUCACUGGGACAGAACCCAACUGAAGCCGAGCUUCAGGACAUGAUAAACGAGGUCGAUGCUGAUGGCAACGGCACCAUUGAUUUCCCCGAGUUCCUGAACCUCAUGGCCCGAAAGAUGAAGGACACCGACUCCGAGGAGGAGCUCAAGGAGGCCUUCAGGGUGUUCGACAAGGACCAGAACGGUUUCAUCUCUGCAGCUGAGCUCCGUCACGUGAUGACGAAUCUCGGGGAGAAGCUGACCGACGAGGAGGUCGAUGAGAUGAUCCGUGAGGCUGAUGUGGACGGUGAUGGCCAGAUCAACUACGAGGAGUUUGUCAAAGUCAUGAUGGCCAAGUGAGGACUACUACCUACUACUCCCACACUCUUAUCACAAAAAACCCAAAAAAGCAUUUUGAAAAAGGGGGGAGGAAAUGCAAGGGAACAAGGCAGAUAAGUUUGAUGAUGAGAAUUUCCAGUUUACCAUUAGGACUCUUAUGUCAAUUGCGUUUGGUUCCGGUUGAUCGGUCUGGUUUUAUCUUUGGUUGCAUUAUUUCUGUGUUCAGUUUCUCUUUGCUGGGUCUCUACUUGUCUGCUCUGUUCCCUCGGUUUAGUAGUCUGGGCUUUGUUGCUAGCUUUUUUUUCUUCCUGUUAUAAUGUUUUUGCUUAUCGUUUUGGUACCAUGAACCUAGAACAAUUGGGAUAAUUGGAUGCUUUUUGGCUUAUGGAUUGACUAAUUUUUGUUGAUAUUUCCAAACUGUGAACUCUAUUUUGGUCCUAUCAUCUCUCUCUUUCCUGGUUUUGCUGCUUUUGGAACUGAUUUUCGUCUUGGUUAACCCCACCUUGAUGCGCCUGUUGGACUAGACAUAUGAUAUGAAUGAAUGAUUGUGAAGACGCCCAGUCUUCCAGGGUAAAUGGUGUGGGGUUUUGGUCUAAUUUGGUAGCUACUGGUUUUUGUGGAGUCCUUGAUCUGGUUUUGACAGAUAGCCACCAGUUUUGGUUUCGGUUUCGGUUUUGCUCCUUCGCUGAAGGUGGUAGCAAUGGGGUUCUUUCUUCCCUAUGCUUCCUUGAUGUUAGCUGGCGGCGAGGCUGAUCUCCUUCUAUACUCCCCGAGGGUAUUCUAAAAAUGGUUUCUACAUUUUCACUCUCCCCUCUUUUGCACUUUGUUUCGAAUUCCACUGUGUUCUUUAACAGUCUUUUUAAAUUUGGAAGCUCUUCAAACAUCAUGGUUGAGUUGGGUUUCUGUCUUCAUCUUCAUCAGUCGGGUUCGCUUCGGUUCCCUGUAUUAUAGAAGGAGGGCAAGGAGAAGCGAGAGCAUGCAACACGAAAGGGUCAAGUUCAGAAAAAUCUGCUGGAAGGUCUGUGUAAUCCUCUGAAUCAUAACUUGUGGCAAAAGUAAGCAUGAAGAAGGCCUUCUUUUUAUAUGCACAGCAAGCAAGUAAGCCAAUUGGCUGCUUACAAAUGGCUGCAAAAUGUAAGACAACGACUGUAAAAUAAAAUGGAUGCCAUUUAGAGGGGAUGAAGAGAGAAGGAAAUUAGGGUUUGGGGGGAGGGCGAGUUGGAGGAGGGUCUUAUGGUGUGGAUUUUUAUGUACAUUUGAUGUGUGUUUAUGUAAUGUGUAUGUAAAAUGUUACUUUUAUGGGGGGAAAUGAAUUAAGGAGUGGUGUUGUUCUCUUUACCGUGGAGGGACGGUGGAUCUACCCCUUUUUCGUGCUGACACCACCAAUGUCAUUGAUCUCUCGGUCAGAGGACAUACCUGCUGAUGUCGUUUGGAGCCCGUUGACGACGUCUCACUUCACCUAGUAAUGAUAUUUUUCAACCGUUGUUGUAAUUCGUUGUUCUUGAGGGUCUCUCAACUCGAGGUUAAUGAUCAGAAGAAGAGUAUCGGAGAAAGAGUUGGAUGAGAUCAUGAUGCAGAAAGAAAUCAAGUGGAAGAAGAGGGGCAAGAACGGACUGGUUGAAGGAAGAUGACAAAAGCACAAUUUUCCCACGGGAAAGCAUCAGAUAGACGAAAUCGAAACACCAUAAGAUAGCUGAAGGGUGAAAUGAAACUUCACCUAGUAAUGAUAUUUUCAACCGUUAUUGCAAUUGGUUGUUCUUGGGGGUCUCUGAAAAAUGCUCUCUUUCAAUUAUCCAAAAGAUGAACUACAUUUGAAUCGCAUUUCUGUGUGUGAUCAAGAGAGUGCCAUCUCUCCUCUAUGUGGUAGCCUAAUAGGCGGGACAUCACCAUGCUUAUGAUGGAGAAAGAAAGGGAACCGAUUAUGAAUGAGAAUACGUAUUUUACAUGCGGGUUAUUUCUUAUGCUUAGAUUUCCGACUUUUCACAAUUCAUCAAAGAAAAAACUGUUAUAUCUCAACUAUUC